CUGCUUUGAUUGGUCACUGGAAUUGUUAUACUCUGGUUCGAGCGCAUUAUUCAAUCAUGUAUCUCAGGUUUUGGACUCCAUUUUCAUAUAGUACAACAGUCUCUACAUGAAAACGACAGAGCUCCGAGGCAUCUCGACUAGCUAGCCGAUACUCGUCAUAGUAUGCCGAGUCCGGCUGAAAUGGUCUUCACGCUUGCUUCAAACUCUCUAUCCUUACAUCUUCUGUAUAUAAUUCUCUUGGCUACAGGAUGUUCCGACCAGUAUGCACACGUGCCGCAAGGCAAUUGACGUCCUCUACCUCCCGAGCCGCCGUACAACAACAGCAGCGUCGCCACGCCAGCACCCCCGCGGCAUUCGACUGGAAGGACCCUCUUGGGGCCAGCAACCUAUACACCGAAGAUGAGCUCGCCAUAGCAGAGACCGCGGAGUCGUACUGCCAGGAGCGUAUGCUCCCGCGUGUACUCGACGCCUAUCGCGACGAGCACUACGACCCCAAGAUCCUCGAAGAAAUGGGCGAGCUCGGUCUCCUUGGCGCCACAAUCAAGGGAUACGGCUGUGCGGGCGUGUCCAGCGUCGCGUCCGGACUCAUCACCCGCGCCGUCGAACGAGUCGACUCUGGGUACCGCUCCGGCAUGUCCGUGCAAUCCUCGCUUGCCAUGGGCGGCAUCGAGGAGUUCGGCACUGAGGAGCUGAAGGAGCGGCUCUUGCCCAAACUCGCGUCUGGCAAGAGCAUAGGGUGUUUCGGCCUCACCGAGCCAAACCACGGCUCGGACCCGGGAAGCAUGGAGACGGUCGCGAAGCCGCAUCCGAGCAAGAAGGGGUAUUACUCGCUCAGCGGGAGUAAGACGUGGAUCACGAACAGUCCGAUUGCGGAUGUGCUGCUUGUGUGGGCGAAGCUGGAGAGCACGGGGAAGAUCCGCGGGUUUGUCGUUGAGAGAGAGCUCUGUCCGCCCGGCACGCUGGAGACGCCGGCAAUCAAGAACAAGAAUGGGCUGAGGGCUUCUCUGACGGGCAUGAUUCAGAUGGACGAGUGUCCGGUGCCGGAAGGGAACAUGUUCCCCGAGGUGGAGGGUCUGCGCGGUCCGUUCUCGUGUCUGAAUUCUGCACGAUAUGGGAUUGCGUGGGGUACGAUGGGCGCACUGGAAGAUGCGAUUGCUCGCGCGCGGGAGUAUGCUCUUGAGAGGAAGCAGUUCAAGGGCAACCCGAUCGCCAAGUACCAGUUGGUGCAGAAGAAGCUCGCAGACGCCACAACGGAUGCGGCAUAUGGCAUCUUGGCCGCAUAUCAGGUUGGUAGAUUAAAGGACGAGGGCAAGGCCGCGCCAGAGAUGAUCUCAAUGAUUAAGAGGCAGAAUUGCGAUCGUGCACUGAUCAAUACGAGAAAUCUGCAGGAGAUCUUUGGUGGCAAUGCUGUCAGUGAUGAAUAUCAUAUUGGAAGACAUGUGGCGAAUCUGUUCGUGACGCAGACUUAUGAGGGCCAGAGUGAUAUCCACUCUCUUAUUCUAGGCCGAGCCAUCACAGGUCUGCAGGCAUUCGUCUAGCUAGACAUUUCAAAAACAUAGUUGCAGAUAUACGUCAUGUCCAGCCUGUCCAGUCCCUUGUGCCAAUACUGCAUGAUUCUGUGAUGCUCGACAUCUUUCCGGACGAAUGAACAGUGGCUUCGUUAGACCACAGCGACAGAAGUGCCACGCUUUGGUCGUAUAUGAAUAGCGGCAUAGUACAACAAGGUGUGCUCGGGACUGUCACUAUAUUUUUAUAUAUAUGUACAAAUCCAACUUUGCUACAUUCUUCCAGUAGUAGUAUUUCACAUCUUCUCAUAGUAGCGUUCACUCCUCGGUAGUCACGAUUUCAUGAAGUAGCGUU